AUGGAUCUCAAGAACUUGACAACUGUCAUUGACAGUGGGUUUUUGGACGAGGCACCAUCGAGCCGCGUCCUAACUGGCUGUUUCCUCUCGCUGCUCAUCCUCACCACCUUGCUGGGAAACACUCUAGUUUGUGCGGCUGUCACAAAAUUUCGACAUCUUCGCUCUAAAGUGACCAACUUUUUUGUGAUCUCCCUGGCCGUGUCAGACCUCUUGGUCGCCAUCUUGGUGAUGCCGUGGAAGGCGGUGACCGAGAUCACUGGGUUCUGGCCAUUUGGCUCCUUUUGUGACACCUGGGUGGCGUUUGACAUUAUGUGCUCCACAGCGUCCAUUUUGAACCUUUGUGUGAUAAGCCUAGACAGGUACUGGGCCAUCUCUAGCCCCUUUCGCUAUGAGAGGAAGAUGACACCCAGAGUGGCCUAUGUGAUGAUCAGCGUAGCCUGGACACUGUCUGUCCUCAUUUCCUUCAUCCCGGUGCAGCUCAACUGGCACAAGGCCCAAACUAAAUCUUACACCCCUCUCAAAGGGUCGUCUGGCUCUUCAGGUCUAAACGCUACAUCUUACCAGAGCCCAGAAAACUGUGACUCAAGCCUGAACAGAACCUACGCCAUCUCAACAUCUCUGAUAAGCUUUUACAUUCCUGUGGCCAUCAUGGUGGCCACCUACACCCAGAUCUACCGCAUUGCCCACAGACAAAUCAGGAGGAUCUCUGCCCUGGAGCGAGCGGCCGAAAGUGCCAAAAACAGACACGACAGCAUGAGCGGAGGGUCCAGCAUUGCGGAGUCCGAGAGCUCUUUCAAAAUGACUUUCAAGAGGGAGACCAAGGUGCUGAAGACGCUGUCGGUCAUCAUGGGGGUGUUUGUGUGCUGCUGGCUCCCGUUCUUCAUCCUCAACUGCAUGGUGCCCUUCUGCGAGCAGUCGAGCGGAGGGGAGGCGUUCCCCUGCAUCAGUCCCACCACGUUUGACGUGUUCGUGUGGUUCGGCUGGGCUAAUUCCUCCCUCAACCCCAUCAUCUAUGCCUUCAAUGCAGAUUUCCGCAAGGCCUUCUCCAUCCUGCUGGGCUGCCACAGACUGUAUCCAGGAGGCCACAACAUAGAGACGGUCAGUCUAAACAAGAAAUGA